UGGAUGUGCGGGAGCCUGAAGUUCGGGAGCCAAGGUCGGCGGCAUCUGAGGAGGAAGAGGGGCUCUGGAUUCUAGAAUGUCAAUUAGAGGGCCAAAGGAAGAAGCUUUUUAGGAAUAUGAUACGCGAUGUCUAACCUUACCGUUGACCCUAUUCUUUUAUUUGACUUUCCUCUGAAAAUCUCUCUCUUCUAGCUUCUACGCUCACUCGAGAUAAUAUCUUUUCCAUUCUAUCACCUUUCCGACAAUCAUGGCAUCAUACAUUUUUCGACGGAGAAUAUCAUCUUUUGGGGUUUCUCGCACUUCGCACGCGACAUUGUCAAAAGUGGGGUCUCAUGGCCACAAAACAACCUGCUACUUGAAGAGUAGGCACUUUAAGACCCAGUCACCCACCCUUGUGUAGGGACUACAAGUGUCUUGAUCAAAGGUGGAAUAGAAUCUUCGACUCAUUACAACUUAUGCUGGUGAUAAAAUUUGAGAGACGUUUUCAUUAGUCUGGCAACUUGAUGAGAAGUACAAGGCUCAUGAUUGCUAAUUGUUUAUGGAAUACUGAAAAGAUUCUACUACUAGAUGUGAUCGAUGGAGCAUUUUCCACUUUUUCCCCCAACUUAAAAGUUCGAACAGUUUCUUGGUUUUUCGUCCUGUAUCACAUGUUUGUAUUUGGUAACGAAGACCAUUUUCAUCUAUAUUUUAAAUACAAGUUUGGAUGUUUUAGUAGUGCUUCAAACAGGAUACAGCCGUACAGCAGACUCAAUGAUACCACGGGGAUUGAUUUGACUGACUUAACUCGUCCUCAUACGUGGUACCCGCUAGCCCGCAAGAAACAGCGCAGAGUUAUAUUGCAUGUUGGUCCCACAAAUAGUGGUAAAACCCAUCAUGCUCUGAAGCAACUUGAGUCAAGUUCUUCUGGCGUGUAUUGUGGUCCUUUAAGAUUGCUGGCAUGGGAGGUAUCGAAACGGUUGAAUAGGGCAAAAGUUCCUUGUGAUCUCAUUACUGGUCAAGAACGUGAGGAAGUUGAAGGUGCAAAACACAAGGCUGUGACAGUUGAGAUGGCUGAUGUAACAUCCAAGUAUCAUUGUGCCGUUAUUGAUGAAGUACAGAUGUUGGGGUGUAAAAUGAGGGGCUUUUCAUUUACACGUGCUUUAUUAGGAAUAGCUGCAGAUGAACUUCACCUUUGUGGUGAUCCAGCUGCUGUUCCUCUCAUUCAGGAGAUACUGAAAGUUACUGGAGAUGAGGUUGAGGUUCAAUAUUACCAGAGAUUGUUACCUUUAGUUCCAUUAAAGACUCCUCUUGGAUCUUUCUCUAACGUGCAAAAGGGUGAUUCCAUUGUUACCUUUUCACGUAAGGGGAUAUACAGGUUGAAGAAGAGAAUUGAGAAUGAAGGAAAGCAUCUUUGCUCGGUAGUUUAUGGCUCACUGCCACCAGAGACUCGAACAAGGCAGGCAACCAUGUUUAAUGAUGCAAGUAGUGAGUUUGAUGUUCUUGUGGCCAGUGAUGCCAUCGGAAUGGGUCUUAAUCUGAACAUUUCUCGGAUUGUAUUUUCAACUAUGAAGAAGUUUGAUGGCUUUGAGAUGCGCUAUCUUACUGUACCUGAAAUCAAGCAGAUUGCAGGGAGAGCUGGUAGAUAUGGGUCCAAGUUUCCCAUUGGGGAAGUAACAUGCUUAGAUGCAGAGGAUCUACCCUUGCUUCAUUCGUCAUUAAAUUCUCCAUCCCCCACAUUAGAGCAUGCUGGGAUACUUCCUCCAUAUGAUCUCAUGCAUAUACAUUCACGUUUACACCCCAAAGAUAGUUUCACACAGAUACUGGAGUAUUUUUUAGACAAUGCCAAAUUAUCAGAAAAUUAUUUCAUUGUUAAUUGCGAAGAAUUAUUGAAGGUCGCUGCUAUUAUUGAUGAGUUCCCACUUGGAUUGCAUGAAAAAUAUCUCUUUUGUAUAAGUCCAGUUGACAUAGAUGAUGAAAUUUCAUCUCAAGGCCUUACACAGUUUGCGGAGACUUAUGCGAAGAAAGGCCUUGUUCGACUUCGGGAAAUAUUUACGCCCGGUACACUUAAGGUGCCUAAAACACCAUCUGCUCUUGAGGAACUUGAAUCUAUCCACAAGGUCUUGGAUCUCUAUGUUUGGUUAAGUUUUCGACUGGAAGAUUCUUUCCCAGACCGCGAACUAGCUUCAUCACAAAAGGCCAUCUGCAGCAUGUUGAUUGAGGAGUUUCUGGAAAGGUUUGGGUGGCAGAAGCCUAAUGCAUCAAGGUUGUCAAAGCGUACCACUAAUAGCAACAUGUCUUCCCUCCUGUCACAACAUAUGAGGCCUUAUUUGUAAAUUCACUUCGGGGCUGUGGUGGUGGGCCCCACUCCUGGUCUUUCAUUUUUAAACCUUGUAGAUUAAUCAUUUUUCUUAAAAAAAAAAAUUGUUCAAUCUGUUGAAACUUGUAAAUUCAAACACUCCAUCUUAUAUUUCUUAAGAAGAAAUCUAGGCCACUCGUUCCCCAAA